UUUCCUCUUUUUUGUCCACAACAUUGCCGUGGCCGUUGGUUCUCCUUCCCCCACAAUGGCGGCCAUGAGACCAUCGAGAUUGCAACCUGCCCAUCCCCAUACUGGUACUAGUACAUCCAGAAAGAACGUUUCAGUUUCUUCUACUCCUGGUGAAGGUUUCCUUGAUCGCUGUCGAAGGAGAGCCUUGACUGGUUUUGAGUUUGGUUUUCUUGCUUGUAUCGUGGCAUGUUUCUUUGGGUACCAGCUGCUCGUUUACAAUCCCACCAAAUCCAACUCCUCCAUAGAAACAAAGAAAACCAAGGACCCAACUUCUGAUACUGAUACUUUUAACAGAGCUAUGACAGAAUCUAUAGUCUACCGAAAGACAAACGAGGGGACGACAGAGGCAGGAUACAAGUUCUUGCUCUAUGAGGCUCAGGAUAUCCACACCAACCAACCCAUUUCCGUCAUGACAUGGACACAAUCCAUGGCAGCCAGCUCACCUUCGUCGACGUUAGCACAGGAAUUGUCCUAUCUCAUUGACAGCUCUGGAUUUCCAGGAGUCUUUUUCGAGACACCCGGGGUCACCUCCCAAACUGCAGAACACCAAACCAUGCAACUAUGCAUUAUAGAGGCACGGAAUCUGGCACAGUUUGCCACUUCUCAAGCGAGUUCCUCCGCCUUUGACGAACACCUCCGCAAGUGUCCACCGACUCGAGAUGCCUGUCAAUUCACAAAUUUAGGGGGAGAUGCUCAACUCGUUGCUCCUCUCCAUAAACCAAAUACCAACGACGUCACGUACUCCCAUUUGGCAGCAUUUGUACGAGGAGCUCCCAAGGAACAAGUGGCAGGGACAUGGAAACACGUUGCAUCCACCUACUUGCACAUGUUGCAAACCAGAGAUCCAGCCAGACCGGUGUGGCUAUCCACGCAGGGAGAGGGGGUUCCUUGGCUUCACUUUCGCUUCGAUGACCGACCCAAGUAUUACUCCUAUCGCCCAUUUACAAGGGCAGCGCAAGAGAGAAGCUUGGUGGGGACAGUCAUUGGAGUUCCAUCAGGCUGACUAACUAACAUUUGGAAAUGGAUAGACUGUUAGUUGAGCACAAGUAUUGUGUCGCAGUAGAAGUUAUGAUGUUGUCAUAAACAAAUGCAGUGCCUCCAGUGGCUGCUAGCUCCCAAGUUGUUCGACUGCUCAAGAGCGACCAAAAGCAAGCAAUGCCUCAGCGGAAGAAAACUAUAUAAAGAAUAAAGAUGAUCUGAUUUUAACAUGCACAUGGUGUGUGUAUGUAGUAAUUCAAGAUUGGUUGCUUU